AUUGAAGUUGUCUAUGGUUAAUGGUCCAACAAAUUGAGUUUUAUGAAUUUUUGUAUAUAAAUAUGCUUGUUUUUUUACUAAAAUAGAGGAUAUUUGUGUUUAUUUUAUUGUUUUGUGAUAUAAUACAUUAACCUUAUUUACGGAUCUCCGUAAAAUUGGUCUCUAUGUUGGGGCUGAGUGAGUGAGUAGUGCCUACAAAUUUAAUAUGAAUUGAAGCAAUAAUACACUAUGACUGAUCCUAUACAAAAUACACCCGCCAUUCCUUGGGCAGCAUAUCAUCAACUCAGCUUGACAGCUGAGUCUGCUAAUAUAAAAAAUACUGGACUGUUCAAACCAAAUCCUUAUUUGCAAGUGGUGAUAGAUGAUAAAAUAACAAGAAAAACUGAAGUCCUAAAAAAUACAUUACAUCCAAAAUGGAAGGAAGACUUUACAGUGCUCAUUACACCACAAUCGUACCUGGUCUUUCGUCUGGCCGACCACCACAGCUUCAGAAAAGAUAAUAUAAUUGGAGAAAAAAGGAUUAGCUUCCUAAAGAUCCUACUGCAUGUCAAUGGGAAAUGUGAAAACUUAGAACUUAUAAUAGAUUUAAUCCGGCCCGCCUCGCAAGAGAACCACUCGGCCGCGGAGACCAAAUCAGCCGAGAUCAUGGUGCUGCUGGACGGGCUGCGCGUGGAGCCGGGCGUGCUGGCGGCGGCGCGGCAGGCGCUGGACGACGGCUCGCUGCGCGGCGCGCUGGCGGGCGACGGCGUGCGCGCGCGCUUCCGUCUGCGCAACCCCGACCAGCCGCGCCCGCUGCUGCGGCCCGUGUCGUUGAGGCCGCCACCCGGCCCGCCGCCUAUGAGCAACGGCGCAGUGGUCUCACUAGCCGAGGCGCCGGGCCCGUCGCACGGCAGCAGCGAGCCGCCGGCGCGCGAGCAGCCGGGCCCGCCGCCCGCGCCGCCCGCCCCCGACGUGCCGGGGUCGCCCGCGCCCGCCUCCGCCGCGCCUGGGUCUGAGGAGCCGUUGCCCCCCGGCUGGGAGAUGAGAUACGAUGUUUAUGGACGGAGAUACUACGUGGACCACAACACGCGGUCGACGUCGUGGGAGCGGCCGCAGCCGCUGCCGCCGGGCUGGGAGGUGCGGCGCGACGCCCGUGGCCGAGUCUACUAUGUGGACCACAACACGCGCACCACCACCUGGCAGCGCCCCGACACCGAGCGCCUCGCCAGGUUCCAGCACUGGCGCGGCGAGCGGCGGCACGUGGUGGCGCAGGGCAACCAGCGCUUCCUGUACCCCGCGCCGCCGCAGCCCGCGCCCGAGCCCGACGCGCAGCCGCCCGCCGCCACCGCCGCCCCCGCACCGUCAUCAAGCAGCAGCAGCGUGGGCGCGGGCGCGGCGCCGCCGGGCGUGGGCGCGGCGUCGAGCGCGGGCGCGGACGACGGGCUGGGCGCGCUGCCGGCCGGCUGGGAGCGCCGCGUGCAGCCCGACGGCCGCGUCUACUACGUCAACCACAAGAACCGCACCACGCAGUGGGAGGACCCGCGGACGCAGGGUCAAGAAGUGAGCGGCAUGGAGGAGGCGCUGCCGCCGGGCUGGGAGAUCCGCUUCACGGAGGAGGGCACGCGGUACUUCGUGGACCACAACACGCGCACCACCACAUUCCAGGACCCGCGCCCCGGCGCGCCCAAGGGGCCCCAGGGCGCCUACGGGGUGCCCCGCGCCUACGAGCGAUCAUUCCGAUGGAAACUUAGUCAAUUUAGAUACCUAUGCCAAAGCAACGCUUUGCCGAGUCACAUCAAAAUCACGCUGUCGAGACAGACGCUGUUUGAAGACUCGUAUCACCAGAUAAUGAGGCUACCUGCGUACGAGUUGCGCAGACGACUGUAUAUAAUAUUCAGAGGCGAAGAGGGCCUCGACUACGGGGGCGUCAGUCGAGAAUGGUUCUUCUUACUGUCGCAUGAAGUGCUAAAUCCUAUGUACUGCCUGUUCGAGUACGCCAACAAAAACAACUACAGCCUACAAAUAAACCCGGCCAGUUACGUGAACCCGGACCAUUUGUUGUACUUCAAGUUCAUCGGCCGCUUCAUAGCCAUGGCUCUGUACCACGGCAGGUUUAUCUACUCCGGCUUCACGAUGCCGUUUUACAAACGGAUGUUGAACAAGAAGCUGACGAUGAAGGACAUAGAGUCGAUAGACCCCGAGUUCUACAACUCGCUGGUGUGGAUCAGAGACAAUAACAUAGACGAGUGCGGGCUGGAGAUGUGGUACAGCGUGGACUUCGAGGUGCUGGGGCAGGUCAUCCACCACGAGCUCAAGCCGGCCGGGGACAAGGAGCGCGUGUGCGAGGCUAACAAAGAGCAAUAUAUACAAUUAGUAACACAAUGGCGCAUGACUCGCGGGAUCGAAGAACAAACUGCAGCCUUUCUUGAAGGAUUCAAUGAAGUGGUCCCGCUCGAGUGGCUCAAGUACUUCGACGAGCGCGAGCUGGAGCUGAUGCUGUGCGGCAUGCAGGAGGUGGACGUGGACGACUGGCAGCGGAGCACCAUCUACCGCCACUACACGCGCUCCAGCAAGCAGGUGCUGUGGUUCUGGCAGUUCGUCCGGCAGAUGGACAACGAGAAGCGGGCGCGGCUGCUGCAGUUCGUGACGGGCACGUGCCGCGUGCCGGUCGGCGGGUUCGCCGAGCUCAUGGGCUCCAACGGGCCGCAGCGGUUCUGCAUUGAGAAGGUGGGCAAGGACACGUGGCUGCCGCGCUCGCACACCUGCUUCAACCGCCUGGACCUGCCGCCCUACAAGAGCUACGAGCAGCUCAGCGAGAAACUCAACUUCGCCAUCGAGGAAACGGAGGGAUUCGGACAAGAGUAAAGUGAUAAAUUAGCACUACUUAUAUUUAAUGUAAAUUAUUAUAAUUAUACGUAAUGAUCGAUGCACUAUGUAAAUGAGGGGAAUUAUUGCACCAAUGGAAUUGGUGCUGCCGAUGUUGCAUGUUAUAAAAAGACCAACCAAAUACUUGUAUGAAUAUUUUGUUUUAAUUAUAUAAAUAAAUAAUUAAUUAUGUAGAUAUCACUAGCGAAAUAUGUCAGUUGUGUAAGAAAUAUAUUAUUUGAACUGUAUUUAAACUAAGGUCUUUAAUGUUCAAUAAAUUACAUGAAUAUAA